GAUCACUUACAAGUGUAAUGUCAAAAGCUUUUGCUGACAAAUUAAAUUGGUUUAUUGAAAAACCAUCUAAUCUUUAUUUUUCUGAUAUUAAUGUAAAUGAUGUUCAAAGUUAUACUAUAAUUGCUAGAGUCAAUUGGCUUAAAAAGCCACAAUAUAAUAAUAGUGAGCAUAUUUCUUUAAAAAUUCUCUCUGAGUCUAAUAACUCAAAUAAUCAAACUUUAGUUAUUGAAACUAAUGAAUAUAGUGAGGAUGAAUAUGAAUUAUCUGAUGAUGAACUGGAGAAAUCCAAAGGAUUUUUAGUUAUAGGAAAUUCUGAUAAAAAACCUAUACUUGAAAUCAAUAAUACUCAAGUUAAAUACCAAAAUGAAUCUUUUGAUAACUAUAACUUUCAUUCUAAGCAAGGCAGUAAUCCUUGA